CCAUUAACUUCGGCUGGAAGCUUUGGAGACCUGGAGAAAAAUGGAAAGAAAGCAGAUUGACGGCGAUCGUCCGUGGCAGUCUUACAACACUGUCUACACCAAUGCAAAAGCCGGUAUGGAAGGUGUUGACAAGGAGAAAGUACAAAGAAUUGUCUAUGAAAUGAGUAAAGGGUCGAAAUAUUUUGAAAAUGAGGAGCGGAAAGAGGCCAUCAUCAGAGAAAAGAUUGAGAAGAUGCGAGCUAGAUGUAUGCAGCUUACUGCAACGGAUCUUUCUCAGUAUCAAAAGGUUGCAGAUAAAAGAAUUUUGGAGCUGGAAGGUACACGUGACCUGUCAAGGAUAUGGUUGCAUGUAGAUAUGGAUGCUUUCUAUGCCGCUGUUGAAACUUUAAGCAAUCCUUUAUUAGAGGGCAAGCCAAUGGCUGUUGGUAGCAUGUCGAUGAUUUCUACUGCUAACUAUGAGGCUCGAAAAUAUGGAGUUCGUGCUGCUAUGCCUGGUUUUAUUGCACGUAGAUUAUGUCCAGAGUUAAUUUUUGUUCCCACAGAUUUCAAGAAGUAUAAUUAUUACAGUGAUUUAGCUAGAAAAGUAUUCCGUAGGUAUGACCCCAACUUCUUGGCUGCUAGUCUGGAUGAAGCAUACCUCGAUAUAACUGAAGUCUGCAAAGAUAGAGGCCUUACUAGUGAACAAAUUGCUAUGGAUCUCAGAACCAGUAUUUAUGAAGAAACUGGUCUUACGUGUAGUGCAGGGGUUGCUGCCAACCGGCUACUUGCCAAGGUCUGCUCUGAUAUUAACAAACCAAAUGGACAGUUCAUUUUGCCAAAUGACCGAAGAGCUAUUGUAACAUUCGUAUCAUCACUACCCAUAAGAAAGAUUGGUGGCAUCGGAAAGGUCACUGAACAUAUCUUAAAGGACGGUUUGGGGAUUAAUACAUGUGAGGAGAUGCUACAGAAGGGUGGUCACCUCUGUGCGUUGUUUUCUAUAUCCUCAGCAGAUUUUUUCUUGUCGGUUGGGCUUGGCCUCGGGAGCACCGAUACUCCACAGGUGAGAUUGCGUAAGAGCAUCAGUAACGAAAGAACGUUUGCAGCCACUGCUGAAGAAAAAUUAAUUUUCCAGAAACUUGCUGACCUUGCAGAGAUGCUGUCUAUGGACAUGGAAAAAGAAGGUCUGAGCGGGCGAACACUGACGCUUAAACUAAAAACUGCAUCCUUUGAGGUUAGAACCAGAGCUGUAACUUUGCAACAAUACAUUUGUUCUAGCAGUGACAUCUUGCAACAUGCAUCAAAGCUGCUAAAGGCUGAACUGCCCAUUUCUUUGAGACUAAUCGGGUUGCGGAUAUCUCACUUCAAUGAAGAUGGAGCCAUUGCUGGGUCUGAUCCAGCUCAAACACCUAUUACUCGAUUUAUUACAUCAGGAGAUGCUACUAGAAAGAAUAUGGGUGAUUGUUGCACCUCAAGUCCUGAUCCUAAUGUUCAUAGCUUCAUGGAUGAAUCUGAAAUUGAUGUAUUUAUCAAUGGCACUGAAACACACCAUCAAGAUAGUAGUCAUCCAAGAGUUGGCAAUAAUCUCUCGAAUAUGGAUGACCGAAACUGUACGUCCAGCAAUGACGUUGAGAAGUCGGAGAAAUUUAAGAAUCUUUCGAGCAACGUCAGUACUGAUCAGGUGGACAAUUUGAAUGGCUUUGUCCCUCGAGUAUCGGGCACAGCAUGUGCUUCUUCCCCUAGAAACCUCGAAGGCAAUCAGAAUAAUAAUGUCGAAGCCAGAACUAACGUCGAGGCAAGAUCACCAGAUAAUAAUGGACAGAAUUUGUGGAUCGAUGACUACAAAUGUGCAAUCUGUGGUGCCGAAGUACCAGAGAGUUUCAUUGAUGAAAGACAAGAGCACAUGGAUUUUCACAUUGCGGAAAAACUCCAGGAAGAGGAAUCUGGCAUUCGUUCAAGAACCCUUACGCCAAUCCGAAGGACUCCUGACAAGAACCAACUGGCAAGUCAAAGAAAGCAGAAAAGGCAAAAGUCAACUCCAAAGAAAGAGGUCAAACACAUUCCAAUUGACUUAUUCUUUGUGAAGAAUAAUCAGAAGUUUUAGUAUUGGUACGUGUUGCGUUUGUAUAUAUCUGUUCAUAUCUUUCGGGAUAUUACCCAUUGUUUUUUUUUUAAGGAGAGUUCAUCGUUUCAUUCUUCUCAUGCAGCGUCAUAAGUUUCUACAUUAAUGUAUAGCAAGUAUAAUGAUAAAUCUCAUUCUUUUUAUGGAUUGGGACUUGGCGUCUUGGUUUCUUGGUAAAACACUGGUAUUUAGAUUUUGUCC